AUGCUCAGCCAACCACAACAGCACGCACUCCUCCUCGCAACCAUCCUGGCGGUGGCAGGAUACCCACGAAUACUGCUCCUGCCCCUCGCAGCACUCGCCGCCAUCCUCAGCUUCCUCGUCGGAACAUCCUACUGGCUCGAAAACACCCCCGACGAACAGAAACCGACCCUGCCAGCCCCACUCUACCACCACCUCAACUUCGCAAGCCCAGCAGCCUACUCGGCAGCACUCACCAAACACAGCUGGGAGACUCACACCGACUGGCGCCAGGAACCCCUCCAUCCAGCACUCCGGCCAAACACACAGGAUGCACUCAACAGGCUCAUCGAAAAAAUCAUCACCGAGUUUGUCUGCAAGUGGUAUCACCUCAUCUCACCCCCCAGCAACAACCAACCGGAACCGGAGGACUCCUUCUCAACACCCGCCUUCCCGCUCGCCGUCGAGAGAGCUAUCCGUCACGCACUGCGCAUCAUAUUCGAUAGGCUUGCAAAGGUCGACUUGGCCAACCUGAUCAUCCACAAGAUCCUGCCCAUCCUUACCACCCACGUUGCAGCAUUCAGGCAAGCCGAACACGACCUCAGAGGCGGCGGCGCACUACCCCUGCACGACCAUUCACGCCGAUCCCGAAAUGAGUCGAGAGGCCGUCUCUAUCGCGCAUUCUUCAGCUCAGGGAAUGAUGAGAUCGAUUUGCUACUAUCCAGGCUUCACGCCGACGUUCUUCGAAGAAUGAGCCAGGAGGCCGAGCUCAACAGCCCUUCCAACCCGGGCGAAGAACCCUCCAGCCGGCUUCAUCCGGCCGUCGAUGUGCCCACGCCCAACUCUCAAUCCUCCGAACAGGCUCAUCUUCGAAAACUGCUCGACCUGCUUCUCCCACUCAUCCUGCCCCCCUCAGAAGCCAACAGUACCGCCGUCAAAACACUGCUGGUUGACCUGCUGAGCGCUUGUGUGAUCACACCGCUGAUCGAGAUGCUUUCCGACUCCGAUUUCUGGAACAGGUUGAUCGAAGAACGCGCUGGGAACGUGAUUCGUGAACAGCGCAUGGUCGAGCAAUUCAGACAGGUCUUGGAUCGCCAGCUCUCCUUUGCCACCCCUUCUUCCUCCUCCAAGCCCGACGGGGGCGCGCCUGGUGCGGGUGCCUCAGUCAAACCCAGCACAGGCUCCACCGCACAAUCCAGCCAACAACCGAUCGCCACAACAAAGCACAGCGGACUACCCGACUACGAAUUUGCAUCUACCGGAAACAUCUCCAUCAGAAGCACCGCCAAAGAAUUCGAGCGAUUUUCGAGGUCAAUCCAACGCUGUAACACGCUUUUUGACGUCAGGCGGCUCAAAAACGACGUGGAAACUCAGAUUCGCAAGGCAGAGGCAGAGUUAUUCGGUGGCUUUGACCCCGAGCAAGCAGACAAAAACCUGCAAAAUGACUCCACCAUCAACCCCACUCAUCCGACACACUCUCCAAGCGAGCUCACCAAGUUCCUCGAACGGCUUUCUGCUGCCCGAGACAUCCUGGAUCACCGACUGGCCGAGCUGGGCGGCUUGAGCGGCCCGCUCAUCAACUCAUGGCCACCUACUGAUUCACCAGGUGGUGGUGCCGACCCACAUUCUUCAAACUCAUUAAGGACGCUCGAGGCCUUACAUAAACUCCAGCCCAGUCGGAGUCCAACUCAAAUCCUCCAAGAGAUCUUACGAGACCGAGAAAGUCCUGCACUCUCAUAUUUCACCGAGUUCAUGGACCGUCGCCAACGCGUCAAGCUCAUCCAAUUCUGGCUAGCAGUCGAAGGCCUCAAGAACCCACUCGAAGAAGAUCUCGUUUCCAGCCCCGACAGCAAGUCCGUCAAGGUGCCUGGUAGAUCGAUCCCAGACAAGUCGUAUCCAGCCUCGACUCACGAGGGAGCCCUCGGAACCAAUCAGCUUCCCCAACGGGACUUGGACGCUAUGAAAGCUGACAUCCAGGCGAUCGUCGAAAUCAACUUUUCGACCGUCGAAGCCACUGAGCUUCUGGGACUCAAGCAGACCGAAGUCGUGCCCUUGCUCAGCUUUCUUUCAUCCGAGCUCGCCGAAAGCUAUCAAGCCACUCGGCCUACCAACCUCCAAUCCAGCUCGACAAUCAACACGAACCACCACAACAACAACCACAAGAUUUAUUUUGUCUCAGAGGCCCGUACGGCCCUGUUUGCCAUGCAACGUAAGGUCUUCGAUCUCAUGCUGGCCGAAGAUUUCCCGGCGUUUGCGGCAGCUGGCGAUCUUUAUCUCAGAGCCACCGCCUCACUAAGUCGCAUGAAAUCAUCAUCUAGUGCAUCUGCUGCUCUCUCACCUCCAGGACUGGUUAACAGCGAAUCGUUUCCAAAUCUUGUCGAUCUCAAGGCCUCCAACCCCAAAGCUCGUCUCACCACCUCACUCUCCCAUAAAUACUUCCCUGCCACCAGGCCCCAGCCUCUCUCGGAGCUCGAUUCCCCACGCCCUGCUCUGUUGGCCGGCUUGAUGGGCUCGAACUUCAACGAAUCAUCCGCCAAGAAAGAUGGCCCAUCCGGGAUGGUCAGAUCCAAGUCCUUCAACGGCUCGCUUCCUUCAGUCGAAUCGAAACACGACUGCGAUAGUCCUGAUUCGAUUACCAGUCCCAUUCCGCCCGCCGGAAAGAGGGGAACUGGGAUGCACAAGUCCAAUCCAUCUACCUCGAGUAUCAUCCACACCGUCUUACGCUCCUCAUCCACCGACCUCACCAAGCCCAACCGUCGCAUCCUUCCUUCGCCCGUUCCGCCCCAAGUGACGCUCCAAGAAGCCUUCGACGAACGACUGCCGGGCGAACGGCUGACCGGGCCCACUCAAUACGAUCAGCACAUGCUGUCGCUCUCCAACUACACCUUCCCAGUCAAUCUACCCUCCUCCCAAUCCUCGAUCAAGUUCCGGCCGAUCCACCAACUACAACCGGCCAAAUUCCAGAUGUCCCCUAGCUUGGACUUCCUCAUCUCUCCCUGUAAGGGCGAUCGGGCACCCCUCUUCGGCGACGAUGUCAACUUCUCCAUCCGGAAUGCCCCCUCAGCGCGUCCCCUCUCCCACAUCGACCGGACCAACGCAGCGCCGAGCUCUCGGCCCAGCAAACAUGAUCCGGUGAUGUCGCGGGAUGCAAACCUUGCCUUACAAGAAGCGCUCUCCUCGAUCAUCUCGACCUCUGACCAGAGUCCCAGCAUAGGCUCAGUCGAGCUGCCAGAGCGCAAUAAUAAACCACACAACUCCGCUAGGUAUCGUUCCUCGUGCUCGAGCCUUCUAGGGGACGAGAGCGGGAGCACCUUGGAUUGGUCCCUCGACACUCGGGACCGACGCCUGAAACUCGACCUCCCUAAGCCGCUCUCCCGCUCUACCCCAAGCUCGCCGGUCUCCAAGCCCUCGCAACGGAAGGGCCUUUUUGACGAUGACGAUGAAGACGACGACGACGAUGAUGAGGAGGAGGAGGAUGAAGAAGAAGAUAACCUGUUGUUGUUCAAGCCCACCCAACAGGGCUCAUCCAAGCGCAGGAAACGAGCCGGCCUCCACCGAGAAAUCUCCCGCCCGAUCCAAGCAGGCUCAUCGACGACGGUGACGAGUGUUGCGGAAGCGGACGAGCGGAUCAUGAAGUUGGAGAACGAACUGACGGUCUUGUCGACCCUGAUCCGCCGGGCAGAGCUGACCGGGAACAAGCUGGAGAUCCGGCUGGUGAGGAAGUCGAUCGAGUCGGUGGGGAUGGAGCUCUCGGAGGUGAUCUAUCGGAAGACGCGGCUGAUCCAGCUGAAGGAACUGGCCCUGGGCGGCUUCCGCGCCAAGCUGGUUCCCGGCCGAGUCAAGCUUUCGAUCACCGGCACCGCCCUCGGAGGCCACCAUCAUCACCAUCCUUCUCAGCCAUCUAACAAGGACGAACAGCUGGCGACCACCGGGCUAUUUAGCGCCUUAUCCCCAGAGAAAAAGAAGAGCUCCGGCGGGGGGCUGAGUGGGCCACAGGAAUACGUGCUCUAUAAGAUCGAGGUGCACAAGCUGGCCGAGGACGGCAGCUUCGGGUCCGGCUGGAUCGUCCAUCGGCGUUACAGCGAAUUCGACACCCUCAACCAGGCCCUCAAGGCCCUCUACCCGAUCUCUAGACAGCUCGACUUCCCCGCGAAGCUCUUCGGGUUGGGGCUCCCGGCUACCGCUGGCCUCGGCUUCAACGUGCUCCCCUCUACCGUCGCCAACUUCGGCGGAUCAUCGCUCCAUCCUGCUAAGUCUAACCGGAACCAAACCUUGAUCGAACAGAGACGCUUGGGCCUCGAGCGGUACUUAAAGGCUUUGGUCCAGAUUCCCGUGCUCUGCGAAAGCCCCGAACUAGCCAAAUUCCUCUCCCGAUCGGCCUCGUCGUCCACGACGACAACGAAGACCGCGGGUGGUGAGGGAGGGGUCAAGACGGGUGGUGGAGGGGGUGGGAUGGAUCCGAUGACCCGGAUGAAGAAGCAGGUCGAGUUUUUCUCCGACACCACCAGUUUCGUGCGCUCGAUCUACAAGGCGAUAGUCAGUGGAAGCGGCGCGUCGCAGAACCCGACGGCCGACGACCCCCACUUCUUCUCGCCCUCCUCCGCACAGACCUUGGGCCAGCCAACAUUGCCCCUCUCCCCGUCGUUCUCCUUCUCCUCCCAGUUCCUGCUCGACUGCUUCCUCAAAGGCUUCCAGAAAAAUGCCCUCUUCCCCAUCCAUGAUGACCCCCCUCCUCCCCACCAUCGGGACUUGUCUCCACGGAGCACGAAUGGGGACGCGAUCGAGAUCACAAAGCUGGGCAAAGGGAAGAAGAACAAGACUCGGGCUCAAGAAGAGGACGAGCAGGAAGAAGAGGAAGGGUAUGCAGGCUUCGGUAUGGCCACCGAUCCGCGCCUGCUGCACCUCUCGCAGAGCUUCAAGACCCUCGAAGCCGACCUACUCACGCCCUUCACCCAACCCAUCUCCGCAUUCCUGAUCGAGAUCUUCGACUUGAACGACCACCAUCAAUGGCUGCGCAAGCAGGGCAUCGUCAUCAUCUUGCAGCAGAUCCUUGGCGGGACUAUCGAGCGGAAGUUCCGCGAGGCGGUUGCGGAGUUCUUAGAUGACUCGCACCUCGCCCACCUGGUUGCCAAUCUCGAAGCCACGCUGGGAGCAACCGACCCGUCGUCGUCGGCUGCUGCGAUCCGGUCGAUCGAAGAGAAGCUGAUGACGUGCGAAGGCGCCUACCAUUACGCCGCCGGCAUCCUCGGGAGGUCGAAUGCUCGGUCGGCAACCAGACGCGCGUUCUCCUUGCUCCAGAACCGUAGACUGAACAAACAUCUUAUCUACUCGGUUCUUGACCAGGUUAUUAAGACUUUGUUUCCGGAGUUGAUUGGCGCUUUGUAG